AUGCCCGAGCCUAUUCCCGGAAAGCUCCCGCUCUCCCCGGCGGAGGGGGGGGGACACCCGAAACUUUCCCACCAGCCUCGCUCUCGUUCCCCGGGCUGCUCCCCGGGACCCUUCCUCCCCGCCGACUCCGGCAAGAGACCGGGCUGCGGGUUCCCGGAGGCCCGCAGCGGCGCCCGGGCACCGGGAGUUACCUGGCGGGAAAGUUUCCAGCUUCCGGCGCGGCUCCCACCCCGGGGGCCGGGCCUCGGGGCGCGGCGGGCUGGGGCGCUCGGCGGCUGCGGCUCCUGCGGCUGCCGAGCCGGGCUCCCGCAGCUGCCGCCGCCGAGACAGCGCUCCGGCCCGUCCCCCCGCCUCGCUCGGCCCACACCGGGACCUCAUUGGCAGCGCGAGUCCCCGCCCUUGCGCGUGUUCCGGAAGGCACCUUCCCUGGGCGCGCCCGCCGGGCCCCUCCCGGCCGGAGCUGCGGGGCUCGGGGACCCGCUGGGGCGCGACGAGCCAACUUUCCGCCCGGCGCCUUCGCUCCAUCCUCUCCCAGCGUGGUCCCUGCGCGGGGCCGAGCUUCCCUGGGGAAGGUUGCUCCCGGGGGGGCCUCGCCUGAACCCCUGUGGGACAGGACCGGGCGUGUGA